GUGCCCAGGGAGACGAACGGCCUCAAGAGGGUUGUCAUCUUCCGCCACGGCGAGGGCCGCCAUCAGACGGACCGCGUCGUCACGAAGGGGCUAGGCCCCUGCCUGACGGAGCUGGGGCUGAAGCAGGCCUACGGCGUGCGCACGAACCGGAUUUUUCGGGAGGCGCUGGACGAGUCGAGGCGGCCACUGUUCGCGGCCUCUCACCUCGUGCGCGCAGAGACGAUGUGCCAUGCUGCCCCUGGGCGCACCAUCGUCAUCCAGCCUCUGCUGCGCGAGAGGAUCGUCGACGAGUUCGACUGGCCUUCGCGUCUGGAGACCUGCUGGAGCAGUGGUUGGAAGAGCACCAUGUGCAGGCCGACCUAG